CAUUAUAAUUAUAUAGUUAUUUUAACUGUAUAAAAAUUGUACGGUGUUUUUAUAUCUUGUGUUAACAUUAUCUGAACUAUUGUGCUUAACCAUGGAUGAUUCCAAACUUCAAACGAGGGGCACACGAACCCCAAUUGUGUACAUGGACGAGGAGGAGGACCAAACUACGGACCAAGAAAUGGAACAAACCACAGAGGAAAUAGAAACAACAUUAUUAAGUGAGGCAAAAGAUAUGCUCAGCACAGUGAUGGAAUUGUGCCCUGAGCACACCAACACCAAUGUGAAACAAAAAGAGCGAUGUAAGAUAAGGGAAUGCGUGGCAAACAUGUUUGGUUAUCUACACGAGAUGUUCGCCAUAGUCAAGGAAACUAGAAGGCAAAUGGCAAGGGUAGAAAACAACAAAUCUCAACAAGCACCACUACAAACUACUCAGAAUACUACUUACAGCGACAUAUUAAAAAGAACCAUCAAACCAAGUAACACAACUAGAAACAUUCAGAAAUCCUUAGAUCAAAAAUUGAAUCAAGAAGGAACUGGAGGCUCACACGCAGUGCUUAUUUACCCCAAAGAUCAGACUGGAGAAGAGGAACAAAUUAACAUGGACAAAGUGACAGAGGUAUUGAAAAGUAAAAUCGAACCGCACAAACUGAAGAUUAAAAUCAAAACGGUCAGGAAAGUAAAAGACAAUGGUGUCUGCAUUAGAGUAGGGGACAGAGACCAGAGCAUAUCGCUCGAAAAAGCAAUCAAAGAAAUUAAAGAACUUGAUGAUAAGAUUAAUUGUAAACGAUCAGAAGGGAAAAAACCGAGAGUGAUUUUAUUGAACGUACCUCAAUCCAUCCAAGAAGACGACAUACCUACAUAUAUAUAUAAACAAAACGACAUAUGGGGAGAUUUAAAAGAAGAAACUUUUAGAAACCAGUGUACGAUCAGUACAAUACUGAAUAGGGGGAGACGGACAGAAAACUGUAGGCAUGUUGUCUUAUCAGUGGCACCACAAAUACGCAACACCUUCAUUAAAGAGAAGCAUAUUUCGAUAAAUUGGGCCACCAUAAAAGUGGAUGAUUACAUCCCUAUAACAAGGUGCUACCGAUGCUGUGGCACCGGACAUAUAGCCAAAGAUUGUGACCAGGAACAACACUGCUCGCACUGUGGUGAGAACCACAAAUAUUCAGAGUGUGACAGACUCAAAAAGCCGCCUUGCUGUGUUAACUGUCACAGAAAUAACAAAGAUGCACCAAACAGUAAGAAACAGCCGACAAACCACGGAGCACUUCACCCUAUGUGCCCAAUCACUAAAAGAUUAAAAGAAGCGGCUAUAAAGAGAACCGAUUAUGGAUUAUAACAACUUACAAUCCAAUACUCAGAGACAUAACUCAACUCAGCAUCUAAACAGCAAUAACCACUUCUUUAAUAUACUCCAAAUCAAUACGCAGCGGAGCAAGGCGGCAU